AUGACUGGGAACAAUUUCACUGAGGUGACCCUCUUCAUCCUCUCUGGAUUUGCUAAUCACCCUGAACUACAAGUCAGUCUUUUCUUAAUGUUCCUCUUUAUUUAUCUGUUCACUGUUUUGGGAAACCUUGGGCUCAUCAUGUUAAUCGGAAUUGACCCUCAGCUUCACAUACCAAUGUAUUUUUUUCUUAGCCACUUAGCGUUCAUUGACAUAUUUUAUUUCUCCACUGUAACACCCAAAGCACUGGUAAAUUUCCAAUCCCAACAGAAAACCAUCUCUUUUGUUGCCUGCUUUGUUCAAAUGUACUUUUUUAUGGGUUUGGUGUGCAGUGAGUGUUUCCUUCUAGGAUCAAUGGCCUAUGACCGCUACGUGGCAAUCUGCAAUCCCUUAUUGUAUUCGGUGAUUAUGUCCCAGAAAGUGUGCAACUGGCUGGGAGUCCUGCCAUAUGCAAUAGGCUUCACGAAUUCUCUGGUCUCAGUCUGUGUGAUAAGCAGCUUGGCAUUUUGUGAUUCCAGCAUCAAUCAUUUCUUCUGUGAUGCCACAGCUCUUUUGGCCCUGUCCUGUGCAGAUGCCUUCAACGAAAUGGUGAUCUUUAUUUUAGUGGGGACCACACUUCUCAGUUCCCUGCUCCUCAUCACAGUCACCUACACUGCCAUCAUCUCAGCCAUCCUGAGGAUCCAGUCUGCAGCAGGCAGACAGAAGGCCUUUUCCACCUGCACAUCCCACCUCAUGGGUGUAACUAUCUUCUACGGGUCCCUGAUUUUCACAUAUUUGCAGCCUGAUAACACACCAUCCCUGACCCAGGCACAGGUAGCAUCUGUCUUCUAUACCAUUGUCAUUCCAAUGAUGGAUCCACUGAUCUAUAGUCUGAGGGACAAAGAUGUGAAAAAUGCUUUCCUGAGAGUCAUACAUAGAAAACUUUUGUCAUGA